AUGCCCGGGGCACCAAAUAAGCGGCAAAACCGCCAGAAGUUCAGCCAUGCCAAGGAUCAAGCUGGUGUCGCGAGACUCCCACGGAAACGAUUUUAUCGACAGCGUGCUCAUGCCAAUCCCUUCUCAGAUCACACCCUUGAAUACCCGUCAUCUCCGGAGGCAAUGGACUGGUCAUCGUACUAUCCGGCAUACGUAGCAGACACCCCCCCAGCAGAAUCGACUCACCCUCAAAAGUUGACAAAAGACGUGGAAGUUGUGGACAUUGGAUGCGGCUUUGGAGGUUUACUUGUCGCACUGGCUACUCUUCUACCAGAGACCCUGCUGUUAGGCCUGGAAAUCAGAACAAGUGUAACACAGUUUGUGCAGGAAAAAAUAUGGGCACUGCGGGAGCAAAAUGAAGGCAAACUAUACCAGAAUGCCGCCUGUAUACGAGCCAACACUAUGAAGUUUCUCCCCAACUUCUUCAAAAAAGCCCAACUGAGCAAGAUCUUCAUCUGCUUCCCCGACCCACACUUCAAGGCCAGAAAACACAAGGCCAGGAUUGUCUCGACAACAUUGAACUCGGAGUAUGCUUACGCCCUGCGACCUGGGGGUAUUGUAUACACCAUCACAGAUGUGGAAGCUUUGCACCACUGGAUGGUGCAGCAUCUGGAUGCUCACCCCUCAUUUGAGCGGGUUUCCGAGGAGGAGGAGGAGAAGGACGAGUGUGUCAAAGUGAUGCAGAAUGAGACGGAAGAAGGAAAGAAGGUGGCGAGGAAUAAGGGACAGAAGUUUGUAGCCUUGUUUCGGCGCAUCGAAGACCCUCCGUGGGAUUUGUUUGUGUGGCAGGGCUCGAGAAGAGUUGAUGCCCCAAUGAAGGUACCCAGGUCUGAUGCAUGCAUAAUGGUUGACCCGUUGACGGAGUACGGAGUAGGCGCACUAAGACAGUUUGGGCAGAAAGCUCCUGUAGCUCCAGUGGUCCUCAGCAUUAUCGAUAAGAGCACUGUUCUUCUGGAGACAGUGCUCCACGCCCUUUAUCGCUCCAGUCCCUUGGUUUCAAGUGUUCCCUGCAACCACUCGAGAUACCCCUACGACCAGACCCCUUCAACACUUGACCUCCACAAAGACCCUCGAUCCCUCAUACUUGGUAACCAGACGGCAGACCAUGCUGCUCCAUCGUCUGCAGCUCUGGCCAUGGCCCUAAAGCAAAGAGAUGUGGCUAUCGCUGCCGUAGCUGCCUUCGUUGCUUGGGGUUAUGCUGUGAGCUGGUUCUCCGUGCUACGAUGGGCCGGCUAUGCAUUCGUCGCCGGCAUCCUCGUCUCCAUUAUCGGCCUCGUCGCAACCUUGCUGUUGACUUCGCAGCGACCUCAACGGAAGCCGUAUCAGCUUCCUAGGGCAUCUUUUCUCGGUGCUGGUCGGUGGAAGAAAGAAGUGUCCGCUUUGAGGAAACGACAAGCCUACGAGAAGCAGAGACUGGAGCUGGGGUGCUCACCGCAUGUUCUUGAUGCUGUCGAUGGCCUGUUGGACCUGAUUCUUCGCGACUUUGUGUACAGUUGGUAUUCUCAUAUUAGCCGGAACCCGGUCUUUCCCAACGAGGUUGAUCGGGCAGUGCGCCUGGCAAUUACGAAUCUGCUCGAAACGCUGCGUCACAAAGAUCUAGCCGAGAUUGUUACGAGCCGACUUAUCCCCAUUCUCACGGCGCACUUCCGCGAUUUCUACGAUGCUGAAAAGUCUGUGCGAGGCAGAAAGUUAAACCGCUCGGUUACGGAAUCUGAAGAGCUGGACCUUGCCAUUGCUUCCAAGUACAAAGAUGGAAAUUUACACCCUGCUGCCUCGCUCUCUUUUCCGGAUACCAAGAUGGUGCAGCAAGAUUAUCUACGGUCACUGGCCGAAAGAAUUAUCCCCAAGGUGCUGCCUGAGAAGAUGCUAGCUAGCCGAUCUGUGUCUAUCAUUAUCCGGGAGAUUGUCAGCUGUGCUGUCAUGUCUCCCGUUCUACAGUUAUUGUCAGAUCCCGAUACUUGGAACCAAGUCAUGGAAAGUUACGGCCGUACCAUGUUGCAAGACAGAUCGACAGUUCGCAAGCUCAGGGCAGCUCUUGAUCAGCAUGCAUCACCAACACCUCGGACGGUGAAAAUGGCACCGGCUCCCCGACUUGCACCAGGCGAUAGUGAGCGCAAGUUCGAAAAGUUUAUUCGGGCCAUACGAAAAGUAAACAACUUGUCAGAUGCACGCCGUUUCCGCAGCGAGGUCGCUAGUCAACUAAAACGAGAUUCGCUACAGGUGAACCAGGACCCGGCGUAUUUGCGGCGCCUGGAAAUGGGCAAGCGAUUAUUGGAUCAAAGGGUUCAGCAUCUGGCCGCUGGUGGCGAUCGACUGCCCAUUUCAUUUAACCCAGCACCUGCGCCCGCUGCUGCUGUCACCUCCAAGUUGGAAAAUGUCUCUCUUGUGGAACUUUUGAGAGACGCAUCUGGACUGUCUUAUUUCAUGGAGUACAUGGACCGGCAACGUUUAAUGUCUCUUGUGCAGUUCUGGCUCGUGGUUGAUGGGUUUCGAAAUCCAUUGGAAGACGAUGGUCAAGAGGAUGAAGCAGCCUCCUCCAACCUAUCCAUGUGGUCCGAGUCUGAUCGAAUGGACCUGCAGCAAAUCAACCGAGCGUAUCUGUCGAAGCCUGAAUUACAUGUCCCAGACUCGUCGCGCCGGGAGGUUCGUCAGUUUCUUGAAGCUGGAAAAUCUGCAACGCCGCUGCAAUACCAUCGAGCCAGGAAGUCUAUUCUAAAAGCACAAAGCGCAGUGUUGGAGGAAAUGCAGUCGCAACACUACCACGGUUUCAAGAAGUCUGAUUUGUACUAUAAGUGCCUUGCGUCACAAGAGUCGUCCACCGCGAGCUUGGCGCCGCCCCCUUUACCCCCAACUCAUCCACCUACAACCCGAGCAUCGCAAUCUUACCAAGCCAAACCAAAGCCGGUUUCUCGACUUGCAACGUCGGCUUCCAGCUACACCACCAGGCGAUCCGAUUCCGCAUCGGACCUGCGGGGCAUGGACGGCAACUCCAACGGGCCAGAUCCUCUGACGCAGUCUCGGCGGUCGCUGGAUGAGCCUGGCUCAGCACCACUGUUUGAUGACGAAGAUGUAGACAAUGAUGGGUUAAUGGACUCGGUACAUAGUGCUGGUGAACCUGAACCACCGCUACAGGUGACCCCAGAUACACACGUUGUUCAAGCUGUCGAAGAAGCCCUGAACAACAUCAUGGAUGAUGACCGUCCUCAAACUGCAGAAGAUCUGCGAGCCUCGCUAUUUGGAGACGCUGAAGACGCUGAAGGAAGCUUCUUGACGAGCAAUGACCGCGAGUCCAAUCGGGACUCAAUCGAUUCUGGACGACCCGUAAUAGCCGCUAAAGAUCAGGAGAAGCCUAGUUUGUCGUCCUUGGGUUUAGUGAGCGCGGCGUCCAGAAUCGGCGUUUUUGUGGAUGAUGAUUUGUUUGGAGAUGAAGAUAAAUUUCUCGCAGACGAGGUUGAAGACGCCGAAGAAGGCAAUACCGACAAAGACGAAGACGAAGAGGUCCAUGAAGCAGCACCGGGUGACCUCGGUCUUGCUGAAGCUAUAACUGCUUUGACCAACGAUAUUGACCGUCUAGUUGCGCAAGAAGCCAUUGUAGACUCGUUGACGCGAAAGGCUGAGCUCACAAACAACACAUCCGAGUUGCGAAUUUUGCGCAAGUCCAAGGCAAGCUUGCAAAGAGAAAUUCGACGCAAGGAGCUUCAACGACAGCAGUACGUUGUUCAGGAGAGUGACAAUAGUCUCUACGGCCGGUCUUCAGUCAAGAUCAAGUCAAUUCAAGUUGGAAGGGAGGACGAUGGCAGAGAAUUUGCCAUGUAUGUUGUCGAAGUGCAACGGAACGCUGGUGAGCAAAUGCCUGCCGCAUCAUGGAUAGUCACGAGACGAUACAGUGAGUUCCACGACCUCCACCAGAAGCUACGAUCCAGAUACCCGUCAGUAAGGAAUUUGGAUUUCCCUCGCCGACGAGUUGUCAUGAAAUUCCAAAGCGAAUUCCUCCGCAAGAGAAGAGAGGCCCUGGAGAAGUAUUUACGAGAGCUGCUUCUCCUCCCCGAAGUAUGUCGUAGUAGAGAACUUCGCGCGUUCUUGUCCCAAAGUGUGAUUACCCCUGGACAGGAUAUCUUGGACCGCGAAGACAAGAAGGACAUUGUGUCCAGACUUUAUGACUCCGUCGCGGAUGGCAUGGACGAUAUUUUGGGCAAUAUUCCCGUCUUGGACCAGAUAUCUGUGGCUGGUCAGAAUCUCAUUGCCGCCGCCACGAACCAACUUAAUGCGAUGCCACUCAACGUGAAUGAAGAGGCCUUCCCGGCCGCAGAGGCGGAAGCGGAACUGAACGCAUUCGAAAACAAGGAACUGGAGCCUUUUAUCAAGCCCAUCUGCGACAUCUUCUUGGAAGUAUUUGAACUGAACAGAGGAAAUAAUUGGCUUCGUGGGCGCGCAGUUGUCGUGGUCCUACAGCAACUUUUGGGAGGCACUAUUGAGAGGAAGGUGCGCGACAUUGUCAAGAUGCUGCUGCAGGACGAAUCUAUUCUGCGAUAUAUUGCUCUGGUGGAGGACAGCAUGUGGCCCAACGGGGUAUUGCAGCGCGAUAGGAAGCCAAGAUCCGAAGCGCAAAAGAAGAAGACUCGCACAGAGGCAAGUCUCAUGCUGGCUACACUUGUGCCGGACUUGGCAGGGAAUGUUGUUGGCAGAGCGAAUGCGCAAACUGCUAGUCGGCGUAUCUUUGCUACAUUGAAUAAUUCACGGCUUAACGCGCAUUUAGUAUUUACAAUGCUGGAGGAAAUCAUAUCCAUCAUGUUUGAGGAUUCUUAG